GGAUUAGCGCCCGCAGGAGCCUCCAGCGCGCGUCGAGGCGCUAAAGGGCUUACCCGGGAGGGGGGUGGAAGGGCGGAGAGAGGCUCCCCCUUAAAUACCGCUCCCCCGCACACACGCGCUCACCCCAGCGCCGGCUCGCUCCCUCGCUAGCUGCUGCCGGACUGUGCUGAAGAGGAGGGGGCGUUCCCCAGACCAUGGCAUCCACUGAAGGUGCCAACAAUAUGCCCAAGCAGGUGGAAGUACGGAUGCUUGACAGCCAACUCAGCUCAGAGGAGCCGAAGCACCGAUCUCUGUGCCUGCGCUUGUGUGACAAGCUGGGGAAGAAUCUCCUGCUCACACUGACGGUGUUCGGUGUCAUCCUGGGGGCAGUGUGUGGAGGGCUGCUUCGCCUGGUGUCUCCCAUCCACCCCGAUGUGGUCAUGUUGAUAGCCUUCCCAGGGGAUAUCCUCAUGAGGAUGCUAAAGAUGCUCAUUCUCCCUCUCAUCAUCUCCAGCUUAAUCACAGGGUUGUCGGGCCUGGAUGCUAAAGCUAGCGGGCGCUUAGGCACGAGGGCCAUGGUGUACUACAUGUCCACAACCAUCAUCGCCGCCGUGCUGGGGGUCAUCCUGGUCUUGGCCAUCCACCCUGGCAAUCCCAAACUCAAGAAGCAGCUGGGGCCGGGGAAGAAGAACGAUGAGGUGUCCAGCCUGGACGCCUUCCUGGAUCUUAUUCGAAAUCUCUUCCCAGAAAACCUGGUCCAAGCCUGUUUCCAACAGAUUCAAACAGUGACAAAGAAAGUCCUGGUGGCACCUGAGUCAGAGGAGACCAAUGCAACCAACGCUGUUGUCUCCCUGAUGAACGAGACUGUAAUGGAGGCUCCCGAGGAAACUCAGAUGGUUAUCAAAAAGGGCCUGGAGUUCAAGGAUGGGAUGAAUGUCUUAGGUCUGAUAGGAUUUUUCAUUGCCUUCGGCAUCGCCAUGGGGAAGAUGGGUGAGCAAGCCAAGCUGAUGGUGGAGUUCUUCAACAUUUUGAAUGAGAUUGUAAUGAAGUUAGUGAUCAUGAUCAUGUGGUACUCUCCCCUGGGUAUCGCCUGCCUAAUCUGUGGGAAGAUCAUUGCCAUCAAGGACUUAGAAGUGGUUGCUAGGCAACUGGGGAUGUACAUGGUCACCGUGAUCGUGGGCCUCAUCAUCCACGGGGGCAUCUUUCUCCCUUUGAUUUACUUUCUGGUGACCAGGAAAAACCCGUUCUCCUUUUUUGCUGGCAUUUUUCAAGCUUGGAUCACUGCCCUGGGCACUGCUUCCAGUGCUGGAACUUUGCCUGUUACCUUCCGUUGCCUAGAAGAAAAUCUAGGGAUCGAUAAGCGCGUGACCAGAUUUGUCCUCCCAGUUGGAGCAACCAUUAACAUGGAUGGUACAGCCCUUUAUGAAGCGGUGGCCGCCAUCUUUAUUGCCCAAAUGAAUGGUGUCAUUCUGGAUGGAGGCCAGAUUGUGACUGUGAGCCUCACGGCCACGUUGGCAAGUGUUGGUGCAGCCAGUAUUCCCAGCGCCGGGCUGGUCACCAUGCUCCUCAUUCUGACAGCUGUGGGCCUGCCGACAGAAGACAUCAGCCUGCUGGUGGCUGUGGACUGGCUGCUGGACAGAAUGAGAACUUCAGUCAAUGUCGUGGGUGACUCUUUUGGGGCAGGGAUUGUCUAUCACCUCUCCAAGUCUGAGCUGGAUACAAUUGACUCCCAACACCGAGUGCAUGAAGACAUUGAAAUGACCAAGACUCAGUCCAUUUACGAUGACAUGAAGAACCACAGGGAAAGCAACUCUAAUCAAUGUGUCUAUGCUGCACACAACUCUGUCAUAGUAGAUGAGUGCAAGGUAACUCUGGCAACCAAUGGAAAGUCAGCUGACUGCAGUGUUGAGGAAGAACCCUGGAAACGUGAAAAAUAAGGAUAUGAUUCUCAGCAAAUUCUUGACUAAGCUCCCCAGCGUACCUUAUGGUAAA